AUUGAGGUGGGUGGAGCGCCAGGCCAUUCUUUCUCUUCGUCGGAUCCGGCCACCGGGCCAUAAAGUCAUUCCAUAUGGCCAGGGGCGGCCCCACACCCGGGUGCAAACUGCCUCAGGCCCCGAGCCUCACGUGCAGGCACUUCGUCCUGAAGUCUCCAGGUGUUGACAUAUCCUUCUGCAGAGGGUCAUGCUUUUGGUUUGAGAUGCUGAAGCCGUUGGUGGAGAAACGGCGCCGGGACCGCAUCAACCGCAGCCUAGAAGAGCUGAGGCUGCUGCUGCUGGAGAGGACCAGGGACCAGAACCUCCGGAACCCGAAGCUGGAGAAAGCAGAGAUACUGGAGUUCGCCGUGGGCUACUUGAGGGAGCGAAGCCGGGUGGAGCCCCCCGGGGUUCCCCGGUCCCCAGGCCAGGACGCCGAGGCGCUCGCCAGCUGCUACUUGUCCGGCUUCCGCGAGUGCCUGCUUCGCUUGGCGGCCUUUGCGCACGACGCCAGCCCGGCCGCCCGCUCCCAGCUUUUCUCCGCGCUAAACGGUUACCGGCGGCCCAAACCACCGCGGCCGGAGGCCGCAGAUCCAGGGCUCCCAGCGCCGCGCCCACCGCUGGACCCCGCUUCACCGAUCCUUGGCCCCGCGCUGCACCAGCGCCCCCCAGUGCACCAGGGCCCUCCCAGUCCCCGCCUCGCUUGGUCCCCAUCCCACUGCUCCCCUCGCGCCGGGGAUUCGGGCGCGCCGGCCCCUCUCACCGGACUGCUGCCACCACCGCCACCGCCUUACAGACAAGACGGGGCGCCCAAGGCCCCGCCACUCCCACCGCCCGCGUUUUGGAGACCUUGGCCCUGAGCUCUGGGGGGGCUGGGGCGGGGAUUGGGGGUGGUGUAGAGACUCCAGCCAGAGGGCAGGAGAGGGAUCCGGGCGAGGAGGGCAGCGGGGCGCGCGGACUCAGCGCGCGGGUGAGAUGUGGUCUAUAUUAGAGUAUCUAUAUAAAUAUAUAUUUUCCCGUCCCCUCUCCCUGUCCCACUACCCUGUGUGUAGAAUUGUACCCUCUCUACCCUAGUCCAGUCUCAGUCCCUUCCCCAGUCCCUAGUGCAUGGAAUAAAAUCGUUAUUGAAUCCCGGUGUGUCCCCUAGCCAGGGGCCUGCCUUUAUAUUGGCGCCACGCCUACUUGCCCAUACCCUUCUCCCACCUUUAGGCCUGCUCUCCACGGCCCAAGCCCUGGGGGAGACAGGUAAGUAAAGAGCGGAGCGACAGACUGAGGUUGGAACUGAACUUUACCUGUGGGUCUUUAAAUAAAAGCCAAGAAAAGAUUUUAAAACACAAAAAAAUAAAAUCGACUCUGGUGGGAUUCGAACCCACAACCUUUGAAUCGCUUUUUCGUCACUAGAAGUCCAAUGCGCUAUCCAUUGCGCCACAGAGCCACCUGGCGGGCGGCGCCUCCUUCCGGCUUACGGACACUAGCAUAGAAAAAAAAGGGUAGCGUGGGAACGUGUGCGCAAGGAAAGUGGGCGGAGCGUCACAGGAGCGAGAGGUGACGGUCUCAGAGGUCACCCGAAUGAAACGUAGUACUCGAAAAGCUCUGAGCUAGAUGACAGUCAGGGCGAUGCGGGUGCUAGCAAACAGAGAGGGAGAGUGAUGAAAUUUGAGCUCCCCAGCAGCGGCAAGCUCGGGCUGCUCCUUGCGCAAGCUACCCAGCUAAGACUUGCUCGGUUCCCAGGUUUGACCCCACUAAAUAAACUCGUUUUGUUGUAA